AUGACAUCAACAGCAGUGAGAGUUGGUCUUCGUGUGAGACCUCUAACACAAAAGGAACAGUUAACAAAUUGUACCGAAUGUAUCACAUUUAUUCCAAACGAACCGCAGAUUCUAGUUGGCACUGAUAAAUCAUUCACAUAUGAUUAUGUAUUUGAUAAUAAUUCGGAACAGCAACAAGUCUAUGAAAAAGCAGCUUCACCUUUGUUAGAAAAGUUUGUUGAAGGUUUUAAUGCCACGAUUCUAGCUUAUGGCCAAACAGGAUCCGGAAAGACUUUCAGUAUGGGUACAGGACUGGAAAGUACUACAAACCCCGAACACGAAGGUAUUGUGCCACGUUGUAUUCUCGACCUUUUCCGAAAGUUACAAGAAAGAUCCGAAGCCAAUGAGGAUUUCAAGUAUGAAGUCUUCGUAUCUUUUCUAGAAUUAUACAAUGAAGAAUUGAUCGAUUUACUGAACCCCCAAAAUCAGCACAACAAAAGAAAAAGUGGUGUACCAGCUGCUGCGCCUGUCGAAGUCACGAUUCGUGAAGACAUUGCAGGAAAUAUCUACUGGAGUGGUGUCCGAGAAGAAAAAUGUGAAGAUCCUGAUGAAUUAAUACAGUUUCUCGCUAAAGGCUCCCUCUGUCGUACCACUGGUUCUACUGAAAUGAAUACUGUCUCUUCCCGUUCGCAUGCCGUUUUUUCAGUGAUCCUUAAACAACAAAAAUCUGACCAAGAUCCAUCAAUCACCAGUAAAUUUCAUUUUGUUGAUUUAGCGGGUUCUGAAAGACUGAAACGUACAAAUGCUCAAGGAGAUCGAGCAAGAGAAGGCAUUUCUAUCAACUCUGGCCUUUUGGCUCUUGGCAAUGUAAUCUCUGCUUUGGGUGAUGAUGCUCGUCGUACUUCACACGUACCUUACCGUGAUAGUAAAUUGACCCGUCUAUUACAAGAUUCGCUAGGUGGAAAUAGUCAAACUCUAAUGCUGGCAUGUGUCUCCCCGUCCGACUCUAAUUUUAUGGAAACAUUGAACACUUUAAAAUAUGCAAAUCGUGCUCGUAAUAUUAAAAACAGGGUGACAAUUAAUCAAGAUUUCGCUGGAUCAUCGAUUGAAGUGAAUCAGUUACGUGCACAAUUAGCGCGCCUUAGAAUCGAGCUAGCGUCUGUUAGGGCGGAUGCCACAUCCGGUAAUGCCGGUGAUAAUAGAACUUCACAUAAUCGGGGUGCAAACAACAGCAGCAGCCUCUAUGGCUCGAGCUACCAACGGGAUGAUGAAGUCCGUGCUUUACGUUCCGAAGUAGCACGAUUAAAAAACCGAAUCCAAGACAUGGCUACAAAUAUCAUACAAAUCACAAGCGAACGUGAUACCAUGAUCAUGGAGCGCGACUUAGGUGAAUUUAUGAAUGAUCACGCUGAGGUCGGAGAUGCGGGUGACUUUAUCAUGACAACAAGCCGUCGAAGCUCUUAUAUAGUCGAUGGUGACGCAACCGUUCCCGUUUCACAAAACCCGGUCAAGACACAUCCGUUGGUAGCACAAUAUCAAAAGACCAUUCAAGAUUUGACCAAUGAAUUAUCAGAUACCCGUGAUCAGCUAACGUUCCUUGAAAAUACUAAAUCCGCUAUGGCCAUGGGAGGAACUACGCCCAUGUCCUUUUCGGGAACAACGUUUUACCAACCUGAUCAAUCGUUAUCUACAUCUUCUCGACGUCGCAAUAACAAACAAAACCAAAAACGCGGUAAAAGAACGAAAACCUCUUCUGCUAGUUCAAGCACUGUCACAUCGUCGAUCACAGCCCGCAAAACUAAACGUUCUGUUAGAAUCGUUCCUUCUCAAAGUUCUAGUCUCAGAACCUCACGUAAAAAACGUAACCCAAUUAGAAACUAUGCGGAUGAAGAUGAUCAAGACGAAGGAUACAUUAAUGAAGACAUCGAUGAAGAUGAAAUCAAACAAAGUAUUGCCAAGGCUAAAGCUGAGAUUCAAAAGGGUAUGGAAGUACUUGACCUGAUCAAACCAAUGGAAGAAGCCGCACAGUCCUGGGAAGAUGAACUUGAAGCUUUCGAAAGGGCCGAGAAGGCAAUGUAUGAAAAGACUAGCCAGAUUGAAAGAUCUGAGUCUGACGAAGGUGUUUACACUUCCUCAUCCUCACCCGUCGAUGAUUCACAUCGUGAUAUGGAUUUAAUGAUGGAGAUUGAGGCUUUAUCUGUGCCUUCUUGGGAUCACAAAUCUACAACUACUCAUAGAAAAUCAAAACAAUCCUUUGAUGAUGAUGAUAACUCUUCUUCGUCGUCAUUGAACUCUUCCAUAAACAACCGCCAUGAUUUCAUCAAUGUGGCUACGCAUGAAAAGCAAAACCCUCAAAUGGUGCGUAUGCUUCAUCAAAUCCAAUCUGAUAUUCGUGUUAAAGAAGAGCUUGUUUCUCAUCUUGAAAAAUCAGAGACCAAGUUUUCCUUCAUGCGUCGCAAAUUUGACGAAAAGGUUUCUCAGUUACACUCUCAAUUAACUGAACUUCAAAAUGAUCGCGAUCAUGCCUUGGCCAAAACCAAAUCAAAUUUUGCAUCCGCUCCCAACCGUGCUGAUAUAACUAUGCAAAUGAAGGAAAAGCAGCAAUUGAUUGAAACACGUCAUGUGUAUGAAAACAAAAUGAAGCAACUUGUUUUAGAAAUUCAUGAAUUGAAACGUAACUAUUCUCGCACAAUCAUGAACAUGCAAUCUACACGUAAUCAACACGAAUCGUUAUUGAGAUCACUUCGCGUUAAUGUUGAAACUCUCAAGGUCGAAAAGAAACGCAUGAUCAAGCGCAUGAAGCAAGAAACUGAACGUGUUCGUGAGCAAAUGGCUGUUCAAGAAAGAAAAAUCUCAAAGUUACAGAGACAACAUACUGAGGUGAAUCAUGCUAGAUCAAGACUUGAACGCGAACAUGAAGCUCAAAAGUUGACCCUGAAACGCCGUGAUAAAGAGAUUUUAAUAAAUACCAGUCAAUUGAAGCAGUUAACUGAUAUGUUGAAGAAGGCUGUCCGCGAAGGCGGUGUGCUUGAUGAUCAUCUUUUAGGUAAGGUAUCUCAUAUUAUGGGUGGAAACUUUGCUGCUGUAGCUCGCCGUGGCGGUAUGCGUAAUCUCCCUGGUUUCCAUCAAGUCCGUAAGCGAAAGAAUCCUAUUCCCGUUAAUGUGCGUGUAUCGCGUAAGAAGCAAUUACUCGACAAGAUGUUAUAUCAAUUCAUUCAAGGAAAGCAAGCUAUUGUUGAAAUGGAACAAAUUCUAUUUAGAAGAGAGAGACUUGCAUCUGAAAAGAUCGAACUUUUAGAAGAAAGAAAGAGUAUUUUCAUGGCAGAGAAAGAUACAGCUGAAUUAACCGGUGAACCCAUGGAUAUGCUUGCUAUCGAUUUAGCCGACGAACGUAUUGACUUGAUCGAAGCGGAAAUCUCAUAUUUAUCCGCUCGUAUUAGAGCCUUACAAUCAGAAGCUGCAGGUGAGGCAGAUGAAUUGUCGGCACAUUCCCCUGAUAGUGGUAGUGGUAGAUUACAAGAAAAGCGAAAGGUUACAUUUGCUGAUGAAAUUGUAAGUGAUCCCCCAGCAAGCGAUGAGUGGGCUGAUAUGGAUGCAUUUGAAGAACAAUUCAAUGUACCAUCUAAUGCUGCUCCUGAGUUGGUAUAUGACAUCACUCUUAAACUGUUAAAAACUUUGGAGGCCGAUGAAUGUCGUAGUAUCACAGAAGCCCUGGUUGAUGAUAUUUCCAACGCUCGUAUGAGUGAAUGUAACCGUCAAAUGACUAUGCAGAAUCUCGAAAAGACAGUUCAAGAUUUGCGUAGAACACUCAUAGUCAUGAAACGGGCUGCUAUUGCUACAACUGUCGAAAAUGAGCGUAGAAUCAGAAAGUUGGAGGAUAAAAAUAAUGGCGUAGGCAAGUCAGCCGAGCAUAUGGACAACAAAAUCGAAGAUUAUAUUAUGAACAGUGGAAAUACUAUUUUCGAUAAAAUCUACGAGGACGGUUUGAGAGGUAUGAUCGGUACUCCAGAACCUGACUUUAUGUUGGCUGAAUCACUCAUGUUGGCCGAUUCACCAGACGAAGCAUCCGUCUCCUCCUCAAGUUACGAAAGAAGAAGUAGCACGCAUUCAGAAGGACUUAUGCCACCACCUUCUCCACUUACCUUACCAACCUACACUUCAACUACAACUAAUGCUGCUAAUAACUUGAUGUUGUCACCCACUCGUCCACCCACUAGCACGGGUGUUCGACCACCUGCCACUUUGACUGACAAGGGCGGUGUGUUGCGUGUGAGUAACAGUAGCUACCCAGCUCGUGACUUAACACCUUCUCCAGAUCGUUUCUAUAAUAUGAUCCAAAAGCGUCUCUCGUGGCAACAACGUGUAGGAGGAUCCGAGUCACCUAUACCCAUGACUAUGGUGAAUCCUGCUGAGUUUGUCAGAUAUGCUAAUGAUCGCGAAUCAUCCACUUCUUCCAUCCAUAGUGGUCAUCUGCGUAGAGCCUCUCUCCAAUCUGAUUAUUCUUCUUCUCAAAACUCAUACGGAAAUGUGGCAGGUCCUCCCACCAUCUCCUCAACACAAAGCUCGUUGAGAAAGAGAUCUUCUUCGGUCCAACAACCACCUGUACAGCCCCAGUUACUUCAGCAGCAACAAGCUAGAAGACGCGCCUCUUUAAGAGAACUGUCACUCAAGGGUACAAAUGGAUCCCCCAUGUCACAAACAAAUAGUACUGCUAGCUAUAUAGAUUACGAUCAUGAGCCAACAGUUAGUAUGUCAUACCAAAGAGUUCCUCAACAAGCGCAAAACGUCAAACGACCACCCCUUGUGAGUGCAUCCACCAUGGUUGACAGAGCAAGCACACCCACGGGUCAUAACGUAUUUGCCCGCUUAUCACAAACACCUACCAGGGCAUCUCAAGCAAAGGUAUCUCAUCGACAUAGUAGCAGUAGUAUGGAUGAGCUUCGACAAAGAUGGGAGCUUGAACGUACGUCAAGUGCCAUGAGUGGUUCUUAUUGUGGCGAUUAA